AUGGUUCGGCAAACAGGCCACGGGAUGGAGACCACAUUUUAUGACGAACAUACCUAUCCCAUGAGUGGCCCCGUGGAGAAUCUGAAGAGGUCCCUAACCUUGGAUUUGGAUUUUGGACGAGGCGGGAAGAGGGCUCGCAACGGCGCGCCCGUGCUCUCCUCGCCCGACCUCCAGCUGCUGAAGCUGGGCUCGCCGGAGCUGGAGAAACUUAUUAUGCAGAACGGCAUGAUCACAACAGCGACCCCUACACCUGGCGGAGCGGUGCUGUUCCCAGCGGUGGCCCCGACGGAGGAGCAGGAAAUGUAUGCGCGUCCGUUCGUUGAGGCGCUAGACAAGUUGCACCACCACAACGCGCCCGAGCCACACGGGCGGCGAGUGUACGCCGAUCUGGACCGGCCGUUAGACCGAUACCCUACCCCGGUCGUCAAGGACGAGCCGCAAACUGUCCCCAGCGCGUCCAGCUCGCCUCCACUCUCGCCCAUCGACAUGGACUCGCAGGAGAGGAUAAAGUUAGAGCGCAAAAGGCAAAGGAACCGAGUGGCGGCGUCCAAAUGCCGGCGGCGCAAGCUCGAGCGCAUCUCCAAGCUGGAGGAGAAGGUGAAGCUGCUGAAGGGCGAGAACGCGGAACUCGCGCAGAUGGUGGUCAAGCUGAAGGACCACGUCUCGCGGCUCAAGCAGCAGGUGCUGGAGCACGCCAACGGCGGCUGCCACAUUGACACGCACUUC